UCGGAGAUCGGUUGGAUUUUAUAGACUGGGAGCUGCUCCAGGGAGAGAUAUUGUUGGACAUAUUGGAUAAAACUGCAAGGACCAUGUACUGGACUACUUUUUGGAUAUUUACUCUGUUAGCCAUGGCGAGUGCCGCUACUCAGGGCCGGGACUAUCUGCCACGCCCGCCGGCCAGGACUUACGUGUACAACGCCCCUCCGCCCAGCACGAUGGUCGCUUUGCGUCGCAUCAUCCAAGGACACCUGGACCGGUUCCAGCAGGCGGAUCAGGCCCAUUUCUCCCGGCGAUCCCAGCUCCAGCAGGCAAAAGCAGAUGUGGGGGCGGAAAAGCGACCCCAGGUUAUGCAAUUGUGGCUAGUUCCGGCCGGAUCCGCUGGAUCGGCAUCGGAUAAUGUUUUGGAAUACGCCUUGCCGCCCAACACGCCGACGCCAAAGAAUUACGCCCGGAACUUCCUGCCGGAGGGCCGGGAUGUGGUACCCGGAAGCUCUUACAUACCGCUACGGUUGCUGGUGAUAAAGCGAUGAGGCAUUUCGAUAUUUUCGCUUCGAGAGAUGUUUUCGUUUUCCAAGGCGGCAGCGGCAGCGUUUGUUGUCCAAACGAGUUCGUGUGCGGCUUCUGGCUGUGGAAUGUCAACGACAACCAGUAAAUGGCUAAUUUGCUUUAAUCCUACUGGUUCUCUCGGCCAAUUUUAGAUUAUAGUUUAGCUUAGAGUAGUUCGUCUAGCUGGCAUUUCAGUUCGCCCAAUCUAAAUUAACUCACCACCAUCCCUCCAGAGCCAUGACUAAGACUAAGACUUGCGACCUUAUCGCAUCCAAUAAAACAAAACCGAAAUCAAGCCAGCCAGCCGUGUGCCUUCGUCGUAAUCUAUGAAAUACAUUCACCAAAAACUAA